AUGGAGUCGACUUCAACACCCCGCAUCUCGGCGGCUUUAAUGGAUUCGUACAUUGGCCAGAAUGUCAUAAUCGUUGGCAAGGUUGCCCAACUACGUGGUGACGUCGCUUUUAUUGAGGCUGACGGACAAGUCCAAGCCAACCUCACCAGGGAUUGUCACCUCAUGGUUGGAAAUGGAGCGCAGAUUAUCGGCAAGGUGAAUCCAGACUUAUCUAUUAAAGUACUGAACGCCGUAGAUCUCGGCUCCAAUGUUGAUUUCCAAAUAUGCCAGAACGUCGUUGACGUUACACACCAGUUCAAGGACAUCUUCGUGUAUCCGGAACGAGGCGGCAUGAACUGA